CUCAGUCUAGUGGAAGCAAGCGAGCGAAACACGCCCGAAAAGUCCAGAACCAACAAACGAAAAAGCUUUCCCCAAUUUCAUGCUAUCUUACGCCUAAGGAACGCUAUCGUGCGCCAACACAGAUGGGAGGAGAUGUGACCGGAACUUCCAGCACCUUAGCGGCGGUACCUACUCCGUCGUUGGCGGAGCCACAGUACGUGACUGCAAAGACGUCGGUGUGGUGGGACAUAGAGAACUGUCAGGUACCAAAGAACUGUGAUCCGCACGCGAUCGCGCAGAACAUAAGUUCGGCCUUAGUUAAGAUGAACUACUGUGGGCCUGUCUCUAUCUCCGCCUACGGCGACACUAAUCGUAUCCCCGCGUCUGUCCAGCACGCGCUCUCCAGCACUGGAAUCGCUCUGAAUCACGUUCCUGCUGGUGUUAAAGAUGCGAGUGAUAAGAAGAUUUUAGUAGAUAUGCUGUUUUGGGCAGUGGACAACCCUGCUCCCUCGAAUUAUCUCCUGAUUUCCGGGGAUAGAGAUUUUUCUAAUGCUCUCCAUCAGUUGCGAAUGAGGAGGUAUAAUAUUCUCUUGGCACAGCCACAGAAGGCAUCUGCGCCAUUAAUUGCAGCAGCUAAGAGUGUAUGGCUUUGGACAAGCCUUUCAGCGGGAGGACCCCCUCUUUCCAAUGGUGAAUCUUCACAGCUUGCUAAUGGUUUUAGUACCUUUAACCCUGAAAUACCAUACGGCCCGGUUUCUGAACCAGCACAAGAAAGCCAGGCAAUGGCUUUUAGCCCAAAUACAUCUAGGAUUGGUGAAGCAAAAUAUAAGGGGAAAUAUGUGCGCAAGACCCCUAGUCAGCCCAGUGUAUCACGGGCCUUAAAUGUGCCAGUCAUGAUUCAAGAAAGUAAGAGCAAUGAUUACUCUUAUCAGUUGGAAUAUACACAAGGAAAGCAGUUUAAGAAAGCCCCACAUGAGUUCUUUGGUGGCACAGGUGAACCUGCUAUCUCUGCAAGUAGGUCUACUCCAAAUUUUUUCCCUAGCAAUCCUGAUCCUUCAGGGAGUAAUGGAAAUAUUCAGAACCAGUAUCCUCACUCUUUGAGACCAAAUAACUUCCCUAUGCAACCAACUUAUGCACAGGAGAAUUUUCUACCUCCUAUUUCUCAAAAUCAUGUUUUCCGUGCUGUGCAUCCUGGCUCAAAUGGCCCUAGGUUCCCAACAGCUCCACUAGCAAACCUGCCUGAUAUCAGUAAACUAAGUGUGUCUGAAUACCACAACUAUGCUCAAAAUAAUCCUAAUUUCCGUCCUCAAAGUGGAGAAGAACUUAAAACUAGCUAUAUUGAAUCUCCAAAUCCAGCUACCCUUAAUGUACCACAGAAAAGCCAUGUUGUGCAAAGUGGCCAGUCGGUUCAUUGUGAUACUCUAAACAAUAGGUAUUUCCAUGGUCCUGGAGUUCCACCUUUAUCAUCAUCCUCAAUUACAACUACUACUGCUUCUAGUAAUGGUACCUGGGGAACUCAAGGACGAGCACCACCUGAAUAUGUUCAAGGCCUUAUUGGGGUUAUCUUACUUGCCUUGAACACCCUGAAAACUGAGAAAAUAAUGCCCACGGAAGGAAACAUAGCUGAUUGCAUUCGUUAUGGAGAUCCAAAACACCGCAAUACCGAUGUAAGAAAAGCUUUGAAUAGUGCAAUUGAGCAAAAUAUGGUAGUGAAGCAAAACAUAGGUCAAUUGCAGUUGUAUGUUCGUAAAAAUGACAAAUUAUGGAAGUGUGUGAACCCUAUAAGUGGUAAUCCUAAUCAAUACCCUAAAGAAACAUGGGAUGGAAUACAAAAGUUCUUAACUUCCUCAUCUGGAAGAUCAGCGAUAAUGGCUUCUCAAUGCAGGUAUGAAGCAGCUUGGACCCUUAAAACGGCAUGCUUGGAAGAACUUGCUCUUGGUGAUGUGCUUCAGAUCUUGAAUAUGAUGAUAACCAUAAAAAAAUGGAUUGUUCAUCAUCAUUCUGGAUGGUUACCAAUUACUAUUACCCUUCCUGAGACAAAAAUUGAAACUGGUAAUGAAACCAGUGCUUGAUCAAAACUAAAAUCGGUUUGGUAGAGAGAAGUGGCCCAAGUAAGUGUUCAUAAUUGCUACAUACUAAAUUUGAGACUGGGCAUGGGUCACUUAGAAUUACAAUCAUAAGUGUCUAAAAAUUAUGGUGAACGGGAGCAUGUAGAUCAUGAAUCAAGUAAGUAGUUUUAGGUUAUUUUCUCUCUGUCUCUUUCUUUUUUUUUUUUUUUUGUAAUCUCUUGUUUGGUGGGAAGCUCUGUUGGGUGUAUGUGGAUGGAAGGAAAGCCACUUAUUGGUUUGGACAAGUAGAAUCCUGUAUUGGCAUUUUCUGAAGCAGGGUCUGAAGCAGAGUUUGCAGCAGUGGCAUUAUGUGGAGUUCAUCCAUUAUGGCUAUUCAUUUGAUAUAUGUGGAAAUUGCAUAAAAAAAAUUGAGCGAAGCCUUAUCUUUCCACACUAGCUUGUGUUAAGAAUGAUAUUGUUAGUAAAUAGUGGAGAUCUUCUGUUCAAACUAGUAUAUUUAGAAGGAAGUGAAGCAGCCACUGUUACCGUGGGUUAGUUCGAAUUGUGUAGCAAUCCGCAAUGUGGCUAAACAUUAUAAUCACUGUUGCUGUAUUGAUAUGUUAAACAACUUCCAGGGAUACAAGGUCUGUUGAAAGAUGGUUCAAGACUGAAACUUAUGGAUACUUGACAGUGCAUUUGGUGUAUGGGAACAAAGUUAAUGGUGGAAAAUUUGAAGCAAGCCUACAACAAUAAUAUUGAAGCUAUUGAAGCUUGCUCAUGGGAGAAAGAUGUUCUAUUUCAAUCAACCUACCUCUUGGUGGCAGAUGUAGAAGUAUAUGACUGAGAGUGUUAUCCAUUGCCAUUUAUGGUGAGUACAUGCUUGGUUUCUGGGUCAUGGAAGCUACUGUCGUUAAUAAAUUUCUACUAUAGUACUGUAAGAUGUUAUCUGAGACUUCAUAAUAAUAUUUCUUUUUUUAAGUUGGUUGUAUCCUUAAUGUCAGGGUGAACAAAAAAACUCUGAGUGCCUGCAGUUUGCAGAUAUUAUAAAUAUGAACUGUUUGUUCUGCAA